AUGUCUCCCCAGAAACGAAGGUGUAAGGCAGAGCCCUUGAGUGUUCAUAAGAAAUGCCGUAUACUCUCUAAAUUCUCGUCUUCCAUAUACCCUUCGCCUAUGAAAAGUGCUUCUUUUGAUUCGUUUGGUAAUUCUAUGUCAUGCUCUACAACGAACUCAGGUAAAGUCAACUCGUUAACCUCAUCCGAGGCGAACAAGUACAUUGCCCUCGAGGACGAGCUCGAGGAAGACGAUGAUCUCUGUGCUCUACUUGGUGAGACUGAUCCGGUUGCUGGAGACGACAGGACAAUUCCAGUCCGUGUACUCAGCUUCUUUGACGUGUAUGAUUACGAGUCGGAAGAACGGAAAGUACUACCUAUGGACGUCAAUACGGACGAAGAUACAGCAUUCUACGGAGCGUCUGGCUUAGUCAGACCGCAACUUCAGCUAGAAAACGAGGAUGAGGACUGGUUUACAGAUCUACAAGCUGAUGUCUGGACGGACGCAUCCGAAAUCUGGAUACGGACGCAUUUUGCUUGGUAUAUCUUAGAAUACCCUUCAAGGAUGUACUGGACGUACUUUGAUAAGGUGAAAGUUCUUGCCCGGGCUCACGCACGACGACCAGCUCCACCAGCCUUGCAAGAGAAAGGGCCUUUGGUAUCAUUUGUAACUCCAAGAGUUGGGAGCAUUGCCCAGGGAUUGUUCCUGCAAUCCUUGAUAAUGACCAAUGGACCUCUUUCCAUGGAACCCAGUUUACAGAAUGUCUGUGUCCCGAACGUCCCUUUCGUCGUUCAUCCCACAGCUCCGGAAACCAUUACAUGGGGCCAAGAAAUUACUGGUACAAGAGGAUGCUUUAAAUCUGUUUUCGUUGAUGGCGUCGAAUAUCACAUCAAUGAUACAGUAGCCGUGUCCGCUCCGGGAUUAUCAAUUGAGGGCGAAGGUGGGAAAACCACUCCAAGGAACUCGUCAUGGUUUGGCAUCAUCAUCUAUUUUUUCGAUAAAACAGGACGCAGAUCCGAUGGAAGAUCGAAGUCUUCGAAGUAUUUCCAUCUCAGGUGGUUUGACCACGGUUCUCGAACUGUUCUUGGCGAAACAGCUAGUCCGCAGGCCCUCUUUCUUCUCGAUAAAUGUGACAAUAAUCCCGUGGAAACUAUUCUCCAGAAGAUUACUGUCUGUCAUCUUGGGACCGAUGUUCUUGAACCAGUUGUCAUUCCAGAUAAUGAUGCUGGUCCAAGCUCUUUUCAUCUCAGCUACAAAUGGGACGAGGAGAAAAUGACGAUGUCGACUGUGGACUUCCAGUGUGAGAAAUCGCCAAAGUCAAGCACCGAACGUGCUUACGCAGCUCAGCUGGAGCAUAAGAAAUGCUAUUCAUGUGCGGUCAAGGAUAGCUCAGCCCAUCAAACCAGCGAGAGGUCACUUCCGAGGACUCUUGAAAUUUAUGAUAAGCAUUAUCAUGUUUUCGACUUUGUGUACGUGAAGGAAAAGGACAUACGACAUAGGCUGCUGGGAGUUGCUCAGAUCGUCAACCUUCCCCUGCACAGAGGAGAUUCCCAGGUAAUGGUGACAUUCUUUGGAAGGUCGCGGUGCAACUCUGAUGACAAAACGCCCAUACUGCAACGAUCUUUGUUUCCGACAGGAAAACUCGAGAGAAUUCCGCCUGAGCGCUUGGACGGCCAUUGUUUCGUUUCUGAAAUUUCUGAUAUUGACGACUUAGACGCAUGGUUGGAGGGUCCCGACAACUUCGUCGUAGAAAACCAGAAGCGGUCACUAAGGCAAUGCAUAGAAUGUCUUGCAGCUCGUAAGGCGUAUUUAGAAUGUGAAGAGUUCAUCAAGAGGAGACCGUUACGCGCAAUGAACUUGUUCUCUGGUGCUAGUGGGCUAACGGUGGGUAUGGACCAUUCCGGAUUCGUCAAGACUUGCUGGGCUGUCGAGCAUAGUCCUUCCACGGCUCGAUCACUGAAAGCCAACCACGAGGGUAUCAUUGUAUAUAAUCGAGACUGCAAUGACCUUCUGAAAUACGCAGUAGACCUCGAGGCAGGUAAACGCCUUCCUGAUCUACUCUCUCUCGGACCUGAAAAGGAGGUUCUUCCAUCGCUCCCACGUCCGGGCGAAGUCGAUCUGAUCAUGGGCGGACCUCCGUGCCAGCCAUACACCGGACUGAACAGGUUUAAACGCAUUGAUGACAUACGCCAAACCUGUAUUCCGACGCUUCUGUCCUAUGUGGAAUUCUACUCCCCGAAGUAUGUUUUGAUUGAAAACGUAACUAGUAUAUUACAUUAUCGCUUGAAAGGACGACAAGAAGGUCGGAAGAUUGUUGGUGGAGUCGAAGGCGGUAUGGUGAAGUUUAUAGUGCGGACUUUAACAAGUCUUGGGUACCAAUGCUCACUCAAAGUUCUCAAUUCCGUGGAUUACGGUUCGCCGCACCAGCGCAAGUGUGUCUUCUUUUGGGCCGCACGACGUGAUUUGUUAUUGCCAAAAUGGCCUAUUCCGACACACAUACCGCGGCGGGGACAUAACACUGUCAACCGUCGAAUAACUAACAAUUAUCAAGCUCCAUUAGCAUCACGGGACGGACGAGAUGUCAAGCACGAGCGUGCGCCUUUCUAUGCAGUAACGGUAAAGGAGGCAAUUGACGAUCUGCUUCCAUGGGACUGGGAGAACCCUGGUAUUUUCUAUCCAGCGGGAGCGAGACGGUUGAGGUCUCUGAAACCAGCAUUUCCAGCCGCUGCGGGAAUACGGAGGGUAGAUACAGAAGACGCACAAGUUUCUGGAUAUGGCUAUCCAGUUCGAUACGCCUCAGUGCCGAGAACGCUGUACCAAGCAUUCUGUCGAAAGGGACAGGGCGAGUUUACAAGGGUGUAUCACCACUGUACAUCUCUGUUUUCGGUGAAAAAUGUCGAGAGAACUGUGAAUGUUCCAAUUAGGCCCUGUGCGAAUUUUAAAGACCUUCCACAACCGCUUCGUGUUGGUAGUGGAAAUAAAAGAGGGAGGUUGUGGAAGGAUCUAAAUGGACAGUUUCAUUCUCUGCAGACAACGAUUCAUCCGGGUGCAAGGAAUGCCUAUAUUAUCCAUCCUACUGAUAGAAGGGUGCUCACACUCCGCGAACUUGCCCGUGCGCAGGGCUUUCCAGACGACUACGAAUUUUGCUCUGUGAAAGAGCGGGCAGACCUGCAAUUAAAAGACAUCGAACGCCAGAUCGCCUGUGCUGUUCCUGUACAACAGGCAUACGCACUUGGUAGAGGUCUCGGCGAGAGUUUGAUUCAGGCUGAGAUGGACAGCCGCCUCGAGCGGAUGGAGUCCGAAUCAACAACUAUUUCGGAUGUGCAGAGUACUGUCUCAGAGGAGCUGUGA